UUUGUUUGUAUUGAAUAAUGUAUUACCUCGACGUUGUGUACUAUUUUGAAUAUUUUACGUAAUGAUGUGGGCCAUAUACAGUAACAAGAUUUAUUAUUAUUAUAUUACACUGAGUUAUUCGAUUGAACGUAGUUAAAGACGCAUUCCGAUGAGAGUUGCUGAUCAGCAUUCUCGAUGCAUUAAUAAUCGAUCUCACCCACGUUCCUGUACUUCAGAAUGCAGACAACGUGACAAGGAUCUGGAAGAAGCUCGUUCACGUGCUACUCAACUUGAAAAAACGAUGAGAUGGUGGUCAGAUUGUACAGCUAGCUGGAGAGAAAAAUGGGCAUCAUUACGUGACGAGAGAAAUUAUCUACGAGAGAAAUUGAGUUCAACACAAAAAUCUUUAGAUGAUGCAACGGAAAUUAUAGAGACGUUAAAAUUGGAAAAACAACAAUUACUUGAAGAUUUUUAUCCAUCAAAUAAUCAACUUCAUAAGUAUAAUUCUAUUUCAACUAUGAAAUCUACCAUUAAUCCAAUUUGUUCAAUGAAACAAGAAACUAGUCAAUCAGGAAUAACAGAAUCGAAUGCAGAUCAAGAUAUAUGCGCUAUUGAAAAACGAAACAGAUCAAAAGAUAUUGGAAGUCAGUCAACUGGAUUUUCACAUAAUAAUCAACCUAUAAGAACACAAUUACUGGAAUUGUAUUCAACAAUCCGUUGGUGGAAGAAUCAAUGUAUGAAUUUAGAACAGGAGAUUCGCCAUCUGUUUGAAUCGAAUACUAAACAUUGGUCAAAGUGUAAAAUUUUAUCGCAUAAAAAUUUUCUACUUUUGCAAGAAAAUGAUCUUUUAAGAAAAGAAAUUUCUAAUCUAUGGUGUAUUCGAGAUAAUCAACAUGAUGAACGCACUGAUCCGAUUUCUUGUACAAAUAAUUAUAGACCACAAGCAUCAAAUGAAAAUAUUGAGUGUGGUUCAUGCAAACAAAAUACUGAAAAUAGAGAAACAUCAGUCGAGGAUUUAUUAUUACAAUUAUCUGAAAGAGAUUGUCAGCUAGAUUUAUUACAGCGUCGUUUAUCUUUUAUGUUACACGAACGUAGUGUACUUUGUCAUCAAUUAGAAGAAAUGAGUAUAGGAAAAGAUAAAUCUGAAUAUAAAACAUAUCUUACUGCCAAGAACAUAAAAACGCAUUUCAUUGAAAAUAUUGAAACAUUAAAAGAUGAUUAUUCAAAAUACUCUUAUAGAACUGAAUUAGAUUCAAACUGCGAAACAGAAUUCACCUCUGAGGUACCUAAAAGCGUCAUUACAAAUAUAUUAAAUGAUAAAUUAGAAACAAUAUCACCAUCUGAUGAGUUCACAUUUAUGAGUAAUAAAAUUACUGAAUUGCGAAGUGAUGCGACUGAUGGAUCAUGAAAUCCACACAUAAACACUUACACUUUUUGUAUUUAGUAGAAAACUCAACAUCCAUAAAGUAUGCAGAAUUGAUAGCUCUUUUAUGUUUCAAAUAUGUCCAAGUAUUUUACAUUGAUGUGUGUAUACAACGAGUCGUUGAAGAAAUACAAUAUAACCUGUCUUAUGAAUACACAGAUGCAUUGAGAGAAUAAUCUAAUAGCAUAUAUUUAUAUUUAUGUGGAUAUAUAACUCAAGCUUACAAAAAUAAAGUUUUAUCAACCUGAAAACUUACCUUUACCCCACAGGCCAAUAUAAUUUAAACUAGUAUCAUACAGAAAUUUUGGAUUGAACUUUACGUCCAUAAUGUUUCUUGAUACUUUUUAAAUGUUUACCUUUAUGUAAAAUACCUAUUUUCUUUAGAUUCAUUUUUUUCUAUUCAUCAUAUUUCAUAUCGAAACUUGUUAUCUUAUUCACUCUAUCAAAACUGGUGUUUCAAAUAAAACAGGAAUUAUUCAGUGA